CAUGACUUAAAGGCAUACGGGGAGUAAAGACCUAUACGAGGCGUCUUUAGCUCCCAUAAAAUGCAACCUACAGUGCGUUCUUGGUCCACAUCCGAGGUUUCAACAAACAAACACUCACAUUCUGUUUGUUCUUUUAUUUGUGUUUGCGUUAUUAUCAUCCCGGAGUGUUGAAAUGUCAUCAUAUUGGAACGGCAACUAUAUCUUCGGGCAAUAUUCUAGCGAAAAUUGGGGGCACGAAAGCGUUCCGGAGUCUGGCGUUCCCGAUUCUAAUGAGCAAGAGGAGGUUGUGUCUAGUAUACAAGGAAAACAAAACAGCCCGUUUCUAGAUUUGAACAAGCAUCCUCCUGUUGAUGAAACAGCCCGUGUAGAUGACUCAUACCAUGCUAGUGGAUACAGAGGAGACGGUGGAUACGGAGGAGACGGUGGAUACGGAGGAGACGGUGGAUACGGAGGACACGGUGGAUACGGAGGAGACGGUGGAUACGGAGGAGACGGUGGAUACGGAGGAGACGUAUUUAUUAUGGAGGACGAUCUGAUGCCGGGCGGUGACAUUCAGAUAGAGCCGGUUCAGCAGGGUCCACGACGUAGACAGCGGCCGCCUGUGGAUACGCUGCAGGGGCAUCCGUAUCUAGAGUUUCCCGACGGCACUGACGCCGCCCGUCAUUGCUAG